UUGGACAAUUCUGAUAUGGCAGGUGUAAUAGUGAGUUAGUAAGAUAUCUCUCUGAUACUUGUAUUUGUCUGUCUGUUUGAUAGAGUCAGAAAGAGAUUUGAUAGGGUUUUAAUUGUGUACCAGAGUAAUUCCACUCCAGAUAGAAUGAACUCCCUCUCCGUCUAUAUCAUACUGGGUCUAACAGCAUUGAUGAUCCAGACUACAGACUCUAAAGGGUCUCCCAAUAUCAGAGCGGUUCUGUCUGUUUGGCCCCCAGGAUCAACCAUCUACUUAAGGGAAUCUGUGGCCCUGAGAUGCAGUGUGGAAGCAGGUGCUAACUAUUCUUGGACCUAUCACUGGUUCAGACACACAUCUCACAAACUUGUGACCCCAAACGCUAGACACAUGAUCAGUGGUGACAGUUACUCCAUCACUGGGGUUGCCAAGGCUGACGGUGGUAGCUACUGGUGCCAGGCUGAGCGGAAUGGCUCAACCACACCCUUACUCAGUGACCCCGCCCACUUGACUGUGUCAGAGCUGACCCCACCCUCUUUGGCAGUGAUCCCCAACAGCCGACAGCACUUCCAAGGGGAGCGCUUCUCUCUCCAGUGCCCUGCUGUGUCUGAGAGCAACUCCACAGAGAGUAACUCCACAGACUGGACAUUGUGGCAGCUCACUGACUUUGGAGUUAGGUCUGGGUGUCAGACACUAAAGGGCACUGUCAGGAAGGAGGUUCCUGGAGCAUGCAGCCUCUCCUCUCUAUACAGUGGGUUGUACUGGUGUGAGGGCAGCAAAUGGCGCAGCAACACGGUCAACAUCACAGUGAGCUGUGAGCCAUAUCUGUAUCACUGAUGUCUGAUACAUAAGCAGCAUUGUGAUCAUGUGGUUGGGGGGAAAUAAUGCCAUGUGCCUGUGGAAAUCGAGAUUAUGCAUAAGAAAGAAAGUAAGAUGCACUAUAUGUAAUGGUCUAUGCCUAUGCCUAUGGUCUAGUGUCUUCUUUUGUGUCUCACAGAUGGUUCCAUGAUCAUUGUUGGCCCUGCUCACCCUGUCACAGAGGGAGAUCAGGUGACUCUGCAUUGCCGGUACUGGUUCCACAAACCUAACCAGACCACCUUCUACAAAGACGGAGUAGAGGUUGUUUCUCUGAACGUCACAGAGAUGACCAUUGACAAUGUGAACGGUGCAGACGAGGGCUUCUACAAGUGUGCUGAACCUGAGGAGAAGUUGGAGAGCCCAGAGAGUUGGCUGUCUGUGAGAAGGAACUCCACCUCAGAAGAGAGAAACACAUUGUCCUCUGAAGGUACCUGGAUAUGGGUGUUGCUGUUCUGUUGCAUUGUGGUUAUCCUGUUGCUUAUUCCUGUUGUUAUGUUACUGGUUCGUCACUACAGGUUAGUAGUUAUUACCUUCAACAAAUAUCUCUGUUUACUAAUCACAUUCAAUGGACAUAAAAACACUCUGUAGUAAGCAGUAAACUCUGUAUGCGUCACUAACCAGUCUGAUAUUGGAUUCAAGGUCUUGUAUGUGGUGUACCCGCAGCUGUUUCUCCUCCAAAGAAGGGCCACCCCCAGGAGAGGCACCCCAGACCAAGCAGGAUGUGACAGAGGUACAGUGGGAUCUGGGCUGGAUGGAGAUGGCCAACCUGUUGGACAAGCAGCAGUACCCUGCCACUGCCAGCUAAACUCUAGCACUCAAACCAGAGACUAGUGUGCUUUACACUAUACAGAACAUACCAGAGGAGGCUGGUGGGAGAAGCUAUAGGAGGACAGGCUCAUUGUAAUGGCAUAAGUGGAAUAAAUGGAACGGAGUCACACGUGGUUUCCAUGUGUUUUAUGUGUUUGAUACUGUUCCAUUUAUUCCAUUCCAGCCAUUACAAUGAGCCUAUCCUCCUAUAGCUCCUCCCACAAGCCUCCUCUGGUACAAACAUUAAUUAUCCUUUGUAUCUGUUUCUCACUGUUUCUGUUUCUCACAAGAGUUUUUCUUUUAUCUGGUCAAAUUAAGCA